AUAUCCAUGUGAAUUAGUUAUUCUUCGUACUUCGCAAAUCACAUCUCCCGCACUUUCCUUUAGAGAGAAUUAUUCUGUUUUAAAUGAAAAACCAGAACCUGUAACGAAAAUAUUGAACAUGGAGGCAAGUAGCCUAGAAGAAAGUGAGCUGAAAGGAAUGGAAGUUUGUAAUUUUGGUGGAACAGAAAUUGCACUCCCGUUGGAGUUCAUUGAGCAGGAAGACAUAUUCUUUAAAGUUGUGAGCAAAGAAACCUGGCUUAAUGUUCUUACACCUGCUGAUAGAAAACAUUUGGAGAAAUUUCUUCCAGUUUUGCCAACUGAUUACCCACAUGCUCAGGAAGAGAACAUUAGUGCCUUACUAGGGGGUGAGAAUUUCAGAUUUGGGAAUCCAGUCCAACAAUUUCAAGAAAAGUUAAAAGCUGGCUACUUCUAUCCUGAUGUUGUAAAGUACAAAAAGUUAUGUCGCAAAGCUACGUACAAGGAGUACAAGAUUCAACAACAGAGAUAUCAUAGAAAGGUGCUGAGGGAAAUUCUUAUAUCCCGCCAGGAAAUUCUUGAUCAGAUUGGGAGACAAAGUCCAGGAGAACCAAUCAAAACAAGUGGACACACACCCUCUACUGAUACCUUGGCAAUGGAACACAGAGUUCACACACGAUUUAAGAGGAUCCUCUCAGAAUCUAGGCAACAAUUUCAGGGAGGCAAUGUAUCUUCUGAUGAUGAAGAAAGAGUCCCUGCACCCUUUGGUUCAGCCAUGGGUAUAUUUAUGGCACCCUUUAACACUAUGCCAGGUGUUUUGAGUGGUUUUCACCCAAUGUUUGGAGCAGGACUACCAUUUACUGCAGGUUACCAUGGCUUUCCAUAUCCUCCACCAACCACUCACCGUGUAACAUCACCCAACGUGGUGACAGAAGAUGACUUUCAGACAAUGAUUCAAGUGCAUAGAAAGAGAAGGCUAUCAAAUGAGGAUCAUCCUGAGCUGGAUACAAGAUUCACCUCCUUUCAAGAUAUUAUAAUAAGAACAAAUCCUUCAAAGAAAGUUUCAAAACCUGCUUCAGUCUUUUUCAACCGAUCAGAUUACACAAACCAUUCUAACAAGAAUUCUGAGUGGCUCGUUGUGGCCUGCUCUAUGAGAUUGUCUUCAUCAUGUGCAUUAAGCGGAUGGGGCACCCAGGAGCCAGAAUGGGUCAAGCUGGUUUAUUCUGCUCUCAUCUUUCUUUCCGGGAGUUCAGGAGAGACUCCAGCAUCAUUUGUGCCUUUAGUAGAUUUCAAAGAGAGGCCCCAGCAGUGGAAGUGGAUAGGUACUCACAGAGAUGGGGAUGAUUUACUGGAGUCGUUGUGUGAAGACUGGCUUCAAAUCAAAGAACAGCUUAAAAACAAGAAGGAUGUUACAGCGGAAACAGAUUCGUCAUCUACGUCCAAUCCACGAGCGAAAACAGAUUUCGUUGUGAGACCAAGUACGGAAGAGGAGAGAGCAGCUUUCAGGGAACAGGAGCAAAAACGAUAUGACAAUCCACACAAAGCCUUCACCUUCAGAAUGCACGGUUUUGAGUCUGUGGUGGGUCCUGUCAAGGGUGUUUUUAGUAAAGAUACCAACCUAAACAAGGCUCGGGAACACUCCUUGUUAACCUCCUUGCGACCCCCAUACGUCACGAUCCUCACAUUGGUUAGAGAUGCUGCUUCCCGACUUCCUAAUGGAGAGGGAACUAGAGCUGAGGUUUGUGAACUGUUGAAAGACUCGCAGUUUCUCAACUCAAAUUGCUCCGAUGCACAGAUUCACACAGUGGUCAGUGGGGCCUUGGACAGGCUUCAUUAUGAACGGGAUCCAUGUGUAAAAUAUGACAGCAACAGAAAAGUGUGGAUUUAUCUACAUCGCAACCGGACUGAGGAAGAAUUUGAAAAAAUCCAUCAAGCAAGCGCUGCAGCUGCACGAGCUAAGAAGAUGCAGAAGCCCAGAGUUCCUCGGCAACCGAAGAGCAAAGAGUCGGUGCAACCACAAGAACAAGAAGGAGCUGUCACGGCUCCACCCACUGUACCCACUGUCGCUGGGGUUGGUCCUACCUCUUCACCUCGCCAAGCGGACUCAUUGCCAUCUCAAGUUGAACCAGGUCAGUCCCAACUGAGAGGACCAUCUAGGCUGAAUACUGCUGAAACUGGCAUUGCUUGCUCCCCAAGUCACAAGUUCACAAGCGCUUUGAACUCGCAUACUAGUGUGUUGAAUAUCGCCGACGACCCUGUGGACACAAGUCCUCUUCAGCUCUCCAACGUAAGUGAAGACUUGAAAGGCGACGCUCAAAUCGCGCGCAAAGACAGCUGGAGUAGUGAAGGGGAAAGUUCAGAUGAAAGUAGUGCAAGUGACCGUGAAAGUGACAGUGGUUCAGCGGGGAGCAGCAGUGAGGGAAGGAAGGAACAAAAAAUACACCCAGGGAAAGGAAAAACUCUACCAGGAGUGGAGCAGACAGCUACAAGACUGCAGGAUAACCAGACAAUUGACGAGAGCGGUUUUGACUUUGGGGAUACGACGAGCAGGAAGGAAGGAAACCCUGACACAAGCAGUGAGCCUGGAUCUGGAAGUGAAAGCGACUUCAGCAACGUCGAUUGAUAGGAAGAAUAAGACCUGUGCAAUUUGUUUUUUAAUAGUUACAUUAAUCAAACUACAAAUUUUUCCACCUUUCCUUUGUCAAAGACAAGCAUGAUAGUUGUUUGUUCCAGUUCCCAUAAUCUCCUUCAUCAAGAUCAACCCAGGUUCGAUUCCCAUGUCUUCCUUUCAUACUUCCCAUAUGAGGCACUUGGUAUUGUAGGAUUCAACAGAGUUUAAGCAUGGUUCGAAUUUAUAAUAAAAUCCACUGUAUGACGAA